UGUCGUUUACGGUUUCACAAGAAGUGUGUUCCGAUCAAAUGUUCGUAUCGUCAUUAUCGAACACAAUCAUAGCUCGCCCUUUGGUUCGUGAGAGUAAUUGUGUUUACGCACUGCCACGUUUACUGCUGCAUCACACUGGAUAUAGAUCGCCCCUCUUUCCCCUCCCCCCGAGCCAAAAAUCCCAGCUGGGGGACAACCUUGCUCGUAUAUUAAAGAGAGGUUGAAAAAUACACUUUUUUAGUAGUGCGGCCUUCGCUUAUAGUAAAGUAUCAAUCCUCGCUUUUUCUUGUUAAACGAUCGGCAAGUAGGGC